GCAACAAGUAAGCUAACUACUAAGACGCGGUGGAGGUACAGGGACUCAGGAUCCUCUUUCCCUCUUGUUCCAGUCCCUCCGCUCUUCCUUCUGAGUUCCCAGGGUGUUUUAGCGAAUAGGAAAUAGAUAUCGACGUUAACGGACCCCGACCCCGGUCUCGGUCUGGAAGAUGGAUGGCGAGCAUUAUAAUAGUAUGCUGGUAACAAGCACCCUCGAGUACAGUAUUCGACUCGUGAAUCUACAUCUGUUCAGUAAUCAGCGGUUCAGCAAUGGCCGCGGUCAAUUUCGCUGUAGAACACGUAGAAACGGCUAUCCAUGGUGCACUCUACCACCAUGUACACAACGUGUAUCGCCUGUGCGACCGAAUGCUUUGAAUGUUCUGUACAUUUUUUCCCAAAUCAAGCUAUCGAGGAACCGGAACGCUUCCUUAGGCGCGCUACGAAGCUUCGUUGUGGAUCUUUCCGAAGGCAAAAUAAGCGCCGCGCGUUCACACCAAAUAUAAGAACGCAUAACAGGCUCCAUCUUGACCCCCACCACCACCACCACCACCCAGAUGUCGAACUUUUUGAGACGAGCCACACGUCGGGGCACCACCAACGGGA